GGAAGAAGGCGGAGAAGGAGAAAAGGAAGUGUGUGGGAUGUGUGGUUACCCGAAGAAGUGUUAAGAAUUUUGCAAUCGGCCUUAGCAAGGAGGCCUGGGUAAAAGAGGAGCCAGGAGGCACGAGGAAGGGACUCAGGCAGCGCAGCCUGGAUGGGCGGGGCCUAAAAAGUGACGCCACGCCCCACCAGGAGAGUAUUUAUGAACAACCACAGAGAUUUUUGGAGGAACUGACAGUCUAGAGGGGCCAGAACGCCUUGUUCCCAGCGCGUUUCCGCUUCCGCUGGUAUAUUGGCGGUUGAAGCAUCAUGGCAACCGUGACAACCACAACCAAGGUCCCAGAGAUCCGCGACGUGACGAGGAUUGAGCGUAUUGGCGCUCACUCCCACAUCCGGGGGCUGGGGCUAGACGAUGCCUUGGAGCCACGGCAGGUUUCUCAGGGCAUGGUGGGCCAGCUGGCGGCCCGGCGGGCAGCUGGUGUGGUGCUGGAGAUGAUUCGGGAAGGGAAGAUUGCAGGCCGGGCGGUCCUCAUCGCCGGCCAGCCGGGUACCGGGAAGACAGCCAUCGCCAUGGAGGGGCAGACCGGCUCGGGGAGCAGACAGAACUUAUCAAGAUCCUCCGGUGGCAUGGCGCAGGCCCUGGGCCCCGACACCCCGUUCACAGCCAUCGCUGGCAGUGAGAUCUUCUCCCUGGAGAUGAGCAAGACGGAGGCGCUGACACAGGCCUUCCGGCGCUCCAUCGGCGUGCGCAUCAAGGAAGAGACCGAGAUCAUCGAAGGGGAGGUGGUAGAGAUCCAGAUUGAUCGGCCAGCCACGGGGACGGGCUCCAAGGUGGGCAAGCUGACCCUCAAGACCACGGAGAUGGAGACCAUAUAUGACCUGGGCACCAAGAUGAUCGAGUCCCUGACCAAGGACAAGGUCCAGGCUGGGGAUGUGAUCACCAUUGACAAGGCCACGGGCAAGAUCUCCAAGCUGGGACGCUCCUUCACGCGUGCUCGCGACUAUGAUGCCAUGGGUGCCCAGACCAAGUUUGUGCAGUGCCCAGACGGGGAGCUCCAGAAACGCAAGGAGGUGGUGCACACCGUGUCCCUGCACGAGAUCGAUGUCAUCAACUCCCGCACCCAGGGCUUCCUGGCCCUCUUCUCAGGCGACACAGGGGAGAUCAAGUCAGAAGUCCGAGAGCAGAUCAAUGCCAAGGUGGCCGAGUGGCGGGAGGAGGGCAAGGCGGAGAUCAUCCCCGGUGUGCUGUUUAUCGACGAGGUCCACAUGCUGGACAUCGAGAGCUUCUCCUUCCUCAACCGGGCCCUGGAGAGCGACAUGGCGCCAGUCCUCAUCAUGGCCACCAACCGCGGCAUCACCCGGAUCCGGGGCACCAGCUACCAGAGCCCCCACGGCAUCCCCAUUGACCUGCUCGACCGCCUGCUUAUUGUCUCCACCUCUCCCUACAGCGAGAAAGACACAAAGCAGAUCCUGCGCAUCCGGUGUGAGGAAGAAGACGUGGAGAUGAGCGAGGAUGCCUACACGGUGCUGACCCGCAUUGGGCUGGAGACCUCGCUGCGCUACGCCAUCCAGCUCAUCACAGCCGCCAGCCUAGUGUGUCGGAAACGCAAGGGCACCGAGGUGCAGGUAGAUGACAUCAAGCGAGUCUACUCGCUCUUCCUGGACGAGUCGCGCUCCACGCAGUACAUGAAGGAGUACCAGGACGCCUUCCUCUUCAACGAGCUCAAAGGUGAAACCAUGGACACGUCCUGAGCUGAUGUUACCUUCCCCCCUACCUCCCCCGUUUCCUACCAGAGUUCUGACACUGUGACUUUGUAUAAAAUGGUUGUGAAACUGGA